AUCUCUGAUCACUAAUGUCAAAUGCUGCAUGCAAAACCAAGUGCAACAAAAACAUGUUGUUAGAUCUUUCGUAAUCCGGGUUGAAUAGUUGUAUUUGUCCUAAACUGGAAUAAGAAUGGCACACAGUCGAUUGGAGAAAAUUGGCACUAUUUUAACAAGAACUCAAGGUCUGCUCCGUUCCGGUGCCAUGAAAUGGGAUGACCGACCACUUUGGUAUGAUGUGGUGGUUGCAUUCCCACCUAAGGAAGAACCCCGCUAUGAUCGUCCUGCUCCGAACGUGCCAUUGCGAUCUAUCUUUUACGCUGAGGAUAAAAUUCGCGCAAUAUACCACCACAACAGCCGUCCAAAGUAUACCGUGAAUUUGGCUGAUCAGCACAGCAAAACAGCGACACAGUUGUUUAUUGAUAUUUAUAAGAAUCUAGAUACACAAGGGGCUCUAGAUCAAGAGCGAGUGCUGGAAGCAGCACUAGAGAUGUUAGAGGAAAAAAUGAAGCUUCAAAAAUCUGUACAGAAUGCUGGAGGUGCUGAAAGAUCCUAUAUGGAACAAAUUCCUUCGAAGUCGACACCAAAUGUCGGGAAAACCGUUCAACUACAAGACAUUUUUAAUGACUAGAAUUGAGCAUUUUUCAGUAGAUAAAAUUCGAUUAGAUUAAAACCAAUAAACACGUGGUACUUGAA